GCGGAGAGGAUGAAGAGAGAAGCGAAGAGAACUCUUCCAAGAAACGAGAAGAAACCCAUCUUUCUCUUGCCUCUCAAGGUCAAGCUCCCUCGUAGAUUUAUCGACGUAGGUAGAGAGGGAAUCUUCUUCUUCGGCGAAAACAAAAUAUAAUGACAGAAGGUUACGGAAAAAUGGGCAUGCCAGCUUUUGUCUCGACGAAGGCAGGCGUGAAAGGACUAGUAGAUGCAGAGAUAACAGAACUUCCUCGAGUCUUCCGUUACCCUCCUUCUACUUUAUCCAACAACAAACCUUCUGACAUCUCCGGUUUAAACCUCACCGUCCCAAUCAUUGAUUUCGGAGAAAUAAACAAUGAAAGAAAUAUCAUCGUUUCGAAGAUCAAAGACGCAGCUGAGAACUGGGGGUUUUUCCAGGUGAUCAACCACUGUGUUCCAUUAAGUGUUCUUGAAGAUAUCAAACAAGGAGUUCGAAGAUUUCACGAAGAAGAUCCUGAGGUGAAGAAUAAGUAUUGUUCUACAGAUGUCAACAAGAGAUUUGUUUACAACAAUAACAUCGAUCUCCUACGAUCUUCUCGUAUGAACUGGAGAGACUCUUUCGUUUGCUACAUUGCUCCAGAUGCUGCAAGUCCAGAUGAAAUUCCAGUAGCUUGCAGGGAUGCUGUGAUGGAAUACUCGAAGCAUGUAAUGGACUUUGGAGCUUUGCUCUUCCAACUUCUCUCGGAAGCUUUAGGUUUGAACUCUGAGAUCCUUAGGAAGAUAGAUUGUCUUAAAGGCUUGUUUAUGCUUUGCCAUUACUUCCCACCUUGCCCACAACCUGACCUAACUUUGGGCAUAAGCAAGCACACCGAUAAUUCUUUUCUUACACUUCUUGUUCAAGACCAAAUCGGUGGUCUUCAAGUUCUUCAUAAAGAUUAUUGGGUCGAUGUAACUCCUAUUCAUGGAGCUCUUGUCGUUAACAUCGGUGAUUUCAUGCAGCUGAUAACUAAUGACAAGUUCUCGAGCGCGGAGCAUAGGGUACGGGCAAACAGAGAUGGUCCGAGGAUUUCAGUUGCGUGCUUCUUUAGCUCGAACCUGUUUCCGAAUUCCACGGUUUAUGAACCGAUCAAAGAGCUUCUGUCUGAUGAAAACCCUGCUAAGUACAGAUAUAUGACCAUACCAAAGUACACUGCAGGAUACCUCGCGGGCGGCUUCAAUGGAAAAUCACAUUUGUCUACAUUUAGAAUAUGAAAUAAAGAGUUGUCCAUCUUGAGGGAAAGACAAUAAAGAUAUUUGUGUCACUGUGUGAUACUUUUGCACCUAAAACAGUGUAACAAAGACAAAAUGUUUAAAAAAAAAUAUUUAUUUUGUUUCA